AUGGCUUCAGCACCCAUCUUAAUAUCCGCGGACGAGAUUAAUUGCCUCAUCCACGCGUACCUCCAAGACUCUGGUUUCCAGCACUCAGCCUACGCAAUUCGCAAUGAAGGUCGCCUAGACCACUCCCCUCACUUCACGAAACACAUACCGCGGGGUGAGCUCGUCGAUCUUCUGAGUAAAGCGCUGCUUUACAUGGAGGUUGAAGCUCAUCACGCUGGAAACACGCUCACUGCCAACUGUAAAACUGGUUUCUCCCUCCUCAACUUGCACGUGUGUUCCUUGGAUGCCAGUGUUACUCCCAGCGUCAACUUAUCUAUCCCCACACCUGUGCCUGCGCCGUUGGAAAAUGAGCUGAUGUCUGCGAAAGGCACAGUCCAAAAGCGAAGGUCUCCCAUGCCGGCGCUGGAGGACACUCGGUCCGAAAAGCGCCAGAGGAGGGAUGUUGAAGACCAGAGCUCGUUUGUAGACUCUACGAACCUAGCUUCUAAUUACCUGAGCGCAAAGAAAGACGAUUCUAGAGCCACUCCCUCUGAGGUUGCGGCGGAUGUUAUUAUGAAUGAUCACUCUGUCAAGAAGAGGAAACCUUCCAGAUCCCCAGCACUCAUCGACGAUGAGGUCGAUUCGGGAGCAAUACAACUCUUGCACGCACAUAAAACAGAGGUAUUUGUGUGUGCUUGGAAUCCUGCUCAACCUGAGCUGCUGGCAUCAGGGUCUAAAGACGCCAUCGUCCACUUGUGGAACAUGUCGGAGCCCAUCCCUGACGAGGUUGACACCUCACCCACUGGCGACAACCCGCUCACAUUAGCGUAUUCAACGAACGGCACACAAGCCGACCUAACAUCGCUGGAUUGGAAUCGAGACGGGACUCUCCUCGCCAUCGGUUCCUAUGAUUCUGUAUUGCGAGUGUGUACGUCCUCGGGCAAGUUGUACUUCUCCAACGACAAACAUCAGGGUCCAAUUUUUUCGACACGCUUCUCUCCCACUGGACGAUGGUUGCUGACUGCUAGUUUGGAUGGCACAGCAUGCAUUUGGGAUAUCAAAGAAAAAAAGCUGUUUAGUCAAUCUAAACGUCAUGGAGAUUGCUGCUUGGACGUUGACUGGCUUGACGAUGAAACUUUCGCUAGUUGCGGAGCUGAUAAAAUGAUUCAUCUCUUCGGCUUGGGUGUGGAUGAACCCAUCAAAACCUUCCAGGGACACGAGAGCGAAAUCAACCAAAUUAAGUUUGAUCCCUCGGGAACUCUCCUUGCAUCGUGCUCGGACGACCGUUCCACACGCAUAUGGAACGUAUAUCCUGUCCUUUCGCGGAACAGAACCCUUGUGACUCCUGAACCACUUAUUCUGGAGGGUCACAAAGGUGCUGUAAGUGGUAUUGGUUGGUGCCCAAAGACAGUCGAGGGGAAGCGUACGCUCCUUGCUACGUCGUCAUUCGAUCACACGGCGCGACUUUGGGAUGCCGUCUCUGGCGCGUGUCUCCAGGUGUUUACAAAUCACAAACGACCGAUCUACACCCUGACAUGGAGUCCGGAUGGCCGAUGGCUGUCGACUGGUGGCGGCGACGGUUGGCUUCAUGUAUAUGAUCCUCAUGAGAGGAAAAAAGUAUGGUCAUGGCGGUCCGAGACGCAAAAACGCGGGAUCUUCGAGAUCGACUGGCAGCAGUCGGGGGACGUUGACCGGAUUGCGCUGGCCCUGGAAUCGAAGAAGGUUGGGAUCAUAGACAUCUCGAAAAUCCCUGCGCUGCAGAGAACCAUGCGGUGA